GCGGGCUGUCCAGGAAACAUACCUGGACGGGAAGGGGUCCCAGGAAGGGGAGGGGCCCCCUGAGGGGCACAGGAUCCGGAGGCGCAGGCGGAGGAGGAGGUGGUAACCCACGGGCCGGCUGCUCAGCACCAGGGCCGGGCUGGGCCGGGGUCGAGGUGAGCGCAGAAUGUAGGGGCUUGGGGAGAGGGGAGCAGAAGAGCACCGCGAACCUGGGGGCGUUGGAAACCAUUGCCCGGUAGCAAGCAGAGUCCUGCUGGGUCCUUUUCUGCCACCUCAGCUGGGACAUCAUAGAAGCAGUGUCUGCAGUGAGCCAGUGGAAGGCAGCAGCCUCCUCCCAGACCAGUGUGAUUUCAGACCUGGGAUGACCUGAAGGAAUGAGGUUUCCUGAUGCAGUUCCUCUGGGAUGAAGUCCCACGGGGAACCAGCCUGGCCCUGGUCCAGAAGCUUAGGCCCUGCACACAGAGGGUCUCCUGAGUUUGGGUUCCUGCUGCUGUUCCCAAAACGAGUUUCUGCCUUCUGGAGCUCUGGAGACCUGCAGUAGGAGCAGAGGAGCUUCUGCCUAGAAUAAGCACUUCUGCCUGAGGCUGGGGAGCAGCAGCAUGCAGCCGGAGGAGGGCACGGGCUGGCUGCUAGAGCUGCUGUCGGAGGUGCAGCUCCAGCAGUAUUUCCUGCGGCUCCGCGACGACCUCAACGUCACCCGCCUGUCCCACUUUGAGUAUGUCAAGAACGAGGACUUGGAGAAGAUUGGCAUGGGCCGGCCCGGCCAGCGGCGUCUGUGGGAGGCCGUGAAGAGGAGAAAGGCCAUGUGCAAACGCAAGUCCUGGAUGAGCAAGGUGUUCAGUGGAAAGCGGCUGGAGGCUGAGUUCCCCCCUCAUCACUCUCAGAGCACCUUCCGGAAGACCUCGCCCACCCCGGGGGCCUCUGCUGGGGACGGGUCCCUGCAAAGCCUCACCUGCCUCAUUGGGGAGAAGGACCUGCAUCUCUUCGAGAAGCUGGGAGAUGGCUCCUUUGGCGUGGUGCGCAGGGGCGAGUGGGACGCCCCCUCGGGGAAGACGGUGAGCGUGGCUGUGAAGUGCCUGAAGCCUGACGUGUUGAGCCAGCCGGAGGCCAUGGACGACUUCAUCCGGGAGGUCAACGCCAUGCACUCGCUUGACCACCGAAACCUCAUUCGCCUCUACGGGGUGGUGCUCACACCGCCCAUGAAGAUGGUGACAGAGCUGGCACCUCUGGGAUCAUUGUUGGACCGGCUACGCAAGCACCAGGGCCACUUCCUGCUGGGUACCCUGAGCCGCUACGCUGUGCAGGUGGCUGAGGGCAUGGGCUACCUGGAGGCCAAGCGCUUCAUUCACCGGGACCUGGCCGCCCGAAAUCUGCUGUUGGCCACCCGCGACCUGGUCAAGAUUGGGGACUUCGGGCUGAUGCGAGCACUGCCCCAGAAUGACGACCACUACGUCAUGCAGGAACAUCGCAAGGUGCCCUUUGCCUGGUGUGCCCCAGAGAGCCUGAAGACACGUACCUUCUCCCACGCCAGCGACACCUGGAUGUUUGGGGUCACGCUGUGGGAGAUGUUCACCUAUGGCCAGGAGCCCUGGAUUGGCCUCAAUGGCAGUCAGAUCCUGCAUAAGAUUGACAAGGAGGGGGAGCGUCUACCCCGGCCCGAGGACUGCCCCCAGGACAUCUACAAUGUCAUGGUCCAGUGCUGGGCUCACAAGCCCGAGGACAGACCCACCUUUGUGGCUCUGCGGGACUUCCUGCUGGAGGCUCAGCCCACCGACAUGCGGGCCCUUCAGGACUUCGAAGAACCUGACAAGCUGCACAUCCAGAUGAAUGACGUCAUCACCGUCAUCGAGGGGAGGGCUGAGAAUUACUGGUGGCGUGGGCAGAACACGCGGACGCUGUGCGUAGGGCCCUUCCCUCGCAACGUGGUGACCUCCGUGGCUGGCCUUUCGGCCCAGGACAUCAGCCAGCCGCUGCAGAAUAGCUUCAUCCACACGGGGCACGGCGACAGCGACCCCCGCCACUGCUGGGGCUUCCCUGACAAGAUCGACGAACUGUAUCUGGGAAACCCUAUGGACCCUCCCGACCUGCUGAGCGUGGAACUGAGCGCAUCCAGACCCACCCAGCAUCUGGGCAGGGUGAAAAGGGAGCCUCCACCUCGCCCUCCUCAGCCUGCCAUCUUCACUCAGAGUAAGUGGGGCUGCUCCCGGUGCCUUGGCCCCCGCCCCCGCCCCCUCUCUCCUCUCACUCCUCUCCUUCUAGAAGAACCAACCUACGACCCCGUGAGUGAGGACCAAGACCCCCUGUCCAGCGACUUCAAGAGGCUGGGCCUGCGAAAGCCAGGACUGCCCCGUGGGCUGUGGCUCGCAAAGCCCUCAGCCCGGGUGCCAGGCACCAAGGCAGGCCUCAGUGGCGGCGAGGUCACGCUCAUCGACUUCGGCGAGGAGCCUGUUGUGCCAGCCCCACGGCCCUGUGCCCCAUCACUGGCGCAGCUGGCCAUGGACGCCUGUUCCUUGCUGGACAAGACCCCGCCGCAGAGCCCUACACGGGCCCUGCCCCGGCCCCUGCACCCCACGCCUGUGGUGGACUGGGAUGCACGCCCGCUGCCCCCGCCUCCCGCCUACGACGACGUGGCCCAGGAUGAGGAUGACUUCGAGGUCUGCUCCAUCAACAACACCCUAGUGGGCGCCGGGGUCUCUGCUGAGCCCAGCCAGGGCGAGACCAACUACGCCUUUGUGCCUGAGCCGGCGAGGCUCCUCCCCCCGCUGGAGGACAACCUGUUCCUCCCACCCCAGGGUGGGGGCAAGCCACCCAACUCGGCCCAAACUGCAGAGAUCUUCCAGGCGCUGCAGCAGGAAUGCAUGCGGCAGCUGCAGGUCCCGGCUGGCUCUCUGGUCCCCUCGCCCAGCCCCGGAGGUGACGACAAGCCCCAGGUGCCCCCCCGGGUGCCCAUCCCCCCGAGGCCCACGCGCUUGCGUGGUGAGCUGUCUCCGGCCCCCCCAGGCGAGGAGGAGAUGGGCCGGUGGCCCGGACCUGCCUCUCCUCCCCGGGUGCCUCCCCGGGAGCCCCUGUCUCCACACGGCUCCAGGACUCCCAGCCCCCUGGUGCCACCUGGCAGCUCCCCACUGCCACCCCGGCUCUCCAGCUCACCUGGGAAGACCAUGCCCACCACCCAGAGCUUUGCCUCAGACCCCAAGUAUGCCACACCCCAGGUGAUCCAGGCGCCUGGCCCACGGGCCGGCCCCUGCAUCCUGCCCAUCGUCCGAGAUGGGAAGAAGGUCAGCAGCACCCACUACUACCUGCUGCCCGAGCGGCCGCCCUACCUGGAGCGCUACCAGCGCUUCCUGCAUGAGGCCCAGAGCCCCAAAGAUCCAGACCCCCUGCCCGAGCCCCUGCUGCUGCCCCCUCCCAGCACCCCAGCCCCAGCCGCCCCAACUGCCACUGUUCGACCAAUGCCCCAGGCUGCCCCAGACCCCAAGGCCAACUUCUCCAGCAACAACAGCAACCCAGGGGCCCGGCCAUCCACCCUGAGGGCCACUGCUCGGCUGCCACAGAGGGGCUACCCCGGGGACGGGCCAGAGGCUGGGCGGCCUGCAGACAAGAUCCAGAUGCUGCAGGCCAUGGUGCAUGGGGUGACCACAGAGGAGUGCCAGGCGGCCCUGCAGAGCCACAGCUGGAGCGUGCAGAGGGCUGCCCAGUAUCUGAAGGUGGAGCAGCUCUUUGGUCUGGGUCUGCGGCCACGAGGCGAGUGCCACAACGUGCUGGAGAUGUUCGACUGGAACCUGGAACAGGCUGGCUGCCACCUGCUGGGCUCCUGCGGCCCUGCCCACCACAAGCGCUGAGAUGCCUGAAGAGCCAGAGGAUCUGCCCUGAAGGAAUCACUUAAGCUUGUCCAUCUGAGGGGGGCGGGGAGACUCCCUGCCAGGCCUGGAGGACCUGCCGCACCCACGGCCCCCAGUGGCAGAGCGAGGCCACGGCAGCAGGAAGCUGGGACCCCCGCCCUGCCUGUCCCUCGCUCCCCCAGUGCUGACCCUGCAGCUCUAGAGCCCGUGGUGCCCCAGCCAAGGUGCAGGAGGGAGCCUCUUGAAGGCAGGCUGGGGUCGGCCUUAGCAGGCCCUGCAGCUGACCUGCCUCUGGGUUUUAGUCCCUGGUGGAGCCUGUGGCUAAAGGGUGUGGCCAGGCCUUGCCGGCAGGAAAGCCAAACUUGACCUUGGGCCGGGAGGAUGUGUUGGCCAUACAGAGAGGUGGACCAGGGAGUGGGUGGGGGCCCUUCACAGGGCUAGGCCCUUUCCAGGGAGCCCUGUCGAACAGAAUGUGGCCUCACCAUGCACGUAUUAUGGGACUUGGCCGGUCUUAGGAUCUUGUGCCUGAAAAUAGCUUGAGGUGGCUCAGGUAGCAGAGCUGGGGUGCCAGUUCAUUCCCUGGCAGGGACCAGGGCCCCAGGGCCCAGGAUUGGAAGGAGACCAAGGGGGCAGCUGCCCUGGAGGGACACCAGUGCUUCCUCUUUGACCCAGCUCUUCCCCUCUGCUGUUCCGUGUUUUCCCACCAGUCUGUUGCCAAAGUUGCUGCCCCAGCUAUGAAUAUCUGCUUCUUCCAGAGAAAUAAAGUUAGUUUCUAUUU